AAUGAAAAUAGGCCCAUUAAGAGUAACCAGUAUUUACAUCUCGGGAGAGUAAGUAAGAGUUAGUGAAAGAAGAGAGAGAGAGAGACAUUCCAUUAAUUACUAAAAAAGUGUAGUAAGAAGAAAUGGGAUGCUGCUUUAGUGCCGGAAAAGUCACAGCUCCACCACCAGUCGCCGCCGCUCAGAUUCCUCCACCCAUUGAAGAAGAAUCCGUGAAAGAAGUCGUGGUUCAGUCAGUAUCAGUCUCCGUACCCUUACCAAUCUCCGUCCCUGUCCAAGUUCCGGACAUCGUUCCCUCCGCACCCGAAGUUAUCUCAGAUUCAGAACCUCAAGUUCCUCAUCCUCUCUCACCUCCUCCAGCUCCGGAAAUCUCUCAAAGCAAGUCAGACAUUUGCAGCGUCUCUGUCUCUCACAGCUACUCAACCGCUACUACUGCUACAGCUGCUUCUAUCCUCGAAGACGACGCUCUCAGCAAACCCCACCGUCCUCUUCCUCCUCCUUCUUCCACCUCUCGCCGCAACAGGCCUGACAGAGUCCUCAGAUCUCCGGGAGAAAGACAUUCUCCUCAGGGUGGGAAACAGCUCCGUCCUAGGUUAGUCCGAGAGAGACAGUCUCGUCAACCAAACCCAACUCACAACCGGCGAAAUGCAGAUUCGGGUCCACUCCCACGGAGCGGGUUGUCCGAUAACCACCCUAGGCGUCGCUCACAGUCUCCAGCCACUCGUGGCCCGAGUGCCGCAAGGAGAAGCCCCAUGAAGAAACGAGUUGGAGCGCCGGAGAAAGACGGAGCAACAACAGAGGUGAAGAAGGAAGAAGUUGAGAAAGUAGCUGUUGAGGUAAAGAAGGAAGAAGAUGGAGAAGCUGUGAAAGACCCUGAAGUGUCAAUGGAAUGCUUCAUCUUUCUCUGAUAAAAUCUCUUCUCACUAUGUUCAUCAUUUUAACUCUGAUGUGAUUGAUUUGAUCUUAGUUUUUUUCUUUCCCUGUUUUGAUUUGUAAAUUGCGGAAUGUAUCAUAUAACCAAAUCUUUUGCGGAUCUUUUCCUUUUUGUUUGUUUAUUGUUCAUUUGACUAGUAAAAGUAAAA